ACUACUUUGUUUUGUACCUGCCUCCAGCUCACGACCUGGCAACUCACCUUCCAUUCUUUGAUGAGCUGCAGUAUACCGCAGGUCAGUCUGUUACGAGUUGGAUUUUAGUCUUCUGGCUUCCAGAGUAGUUGAGAACCUCCUUUGAAGUCAGCAGGCACUGCAGGAGAUAUUGUGGUAAUUCUUCGAUACUUCGAUACCCAGUGUGAUAGUCUUGGAUUCUUCCUCGGACGGAACGGAACCCCAUUCACGAAUUACGAUUGCAUAAGCGCGUGCUUGCUUGCUCUACGACUUGACGUGCAAUUCUCACCACGACAACGCUUGGAACGCAUGUCAUACGGCCCCGAUCUACAUCCGGAGGCAUCUAUCAAAGGAGUUUUUUCUUCCAAAUCUAUUCCAUCUCAACAGGUUUUGAAAUAUUAAGCCAGUCCUUCGAAUUGAGCCUCGUUUCGAAUCUCAAACAGCUAGUGCCUGCAUUUCGACGUCGUUAAACCUGGUCGUGGCAAGUCCACACCAAAGUAUGAUGAAUAUGUCUACAGGUCAUACAAUGAGCAACCGUAACAGCACCCCCGAGCCUAGCAGCACAUCUACGUUGCGUCCUCCCAUCGGGACAGGGCACCAUCUUCGUCAAUCCGCAGACAUGUCUGCGUUCCCGACUUCGCCGUCUACGAACCGUAUUAGGCCAUCGUCGGACUUCUAUGGCCAAACGCAUCAGUUGCAGGGACAAGACAAUCCAGAGACCGAAGCUGCCAACAAACUUACCCAGCAAUGGAUUGCCGAUAUUGAUCAGUAUGAGACAACACUGGAAGAGAUGGCUGCUGCAACCCUCGAUCAGGACUUCAAAGAUGAACUCAGCGCCAUCGAACAAUGGUUCAAGGUGCUGAGCGAGUCCGAGAGAACGGCUGCCUUGUAUGCCCUCCUCCAGCAAACCACACAGGUUCAGAUCCGAUUUUUCAUUCAGGUUUUGCAACAGAUGGGAAAGAACCAUCCCAUGUCCGGUGUUCUGUCUCCAGCCAACUUUGACAAAGAUCCGAUGUCCAACCGCCUGAGCGAUGCAAUGAACAAGCUUAGUGUGGAGGGUUCGAGAAACUCGUUUUCUCGCCCAUCUGCAUCCGCUACAAUGAAGAGACACUCUGGUCUCGACCAGGACAGGAUCAAUGCCAUGUUCCCAGAUGCAGUUGCUGCAAUUGCUACGGAGAAGGCCAAAUUCACCCAGCAGACUGGAAACCCACCGACAUCCAACAGGAACAGUGCGGUGUUCGAUACACGCGCAUCUCUGGCUGCUCCAUCUAUUUCUACCCCAGCUGGCAAUGGGGGGGAGAAUAAUACUCAACCUCCUCUUUCUCCUUGGGGCCCACGAAGCAGCUCUGAUCAGUCGGCCAACGCAAGACCCAAGUCUUCAUCUGGCGUCCCACCAAUGGGGCAGUUUAUGCAGCCUCCGCCUUCCGCGGGGCUUCGAUCCCCACGCAUUCAGAGCUCGUCAAACUUGCAGAACUCCACGAUCAAUAUCCCUGACCAUCAAACCUCAGACCUGCCUUUGCUUUCCCCGUACAAUGCUGGAAACGGCAACUGGGCAUCCAUGGUUAACACGCCUAUGACUUCGACUUUCAACCACGCGGCGAAUAAUAGUCAGGCUGAUAUGAUCGCCAACGCUACUGCGAUGAAGCUCGCUGCACUCUCUACCGUAAACAACCGAUUCGCCCUUGAUGAUGUUCGCAAGUACCGCCGAGCAAGGUCCAACGAUGGCCAUGCGAUCAAUAACCAAGGCCCAUUGUCUCCAGGUCUCCCAGGCGUUGCCAAUGCCAACGUUGUCAUGGUUAACGAGCAUGGGCAGAUACUGAACAGGGAUCAGAUCCUCGCUCUUCAAGGCCAGCAGAACUCCGCAUUUGGUGGUUCCAGGUCUCGCCCAAGUUCUCCUGGUCUUGCUAUGCACGGUGCUGGCGGAUUUUCUCACAUGGGUUUUGCAUCUCCGCAAAACAAUGGCUUCUUGUCUGCUUAUGAUGGCAACUCUCCUCUUAUGAACAAUGGGAUGGGAGGUCUUAACCUCAACCAGUUUGGUAUGGGUGGUAGUCACGAGGGCUAUCUUUCCGACCAUUCCGACAUGGCCAGAGGCCGCUCCCCACGUGGAAGGCGUGGCAGCUCAAAGCCUCCGGAGGACCCCACUGACCCAAGUCUGCUGCAAGACAUUCCGAGUUGGCUGAGGAGCUUGCGUCUUCACAAAUACACAGACAACUUGAAGGACAUGAACUGGACGGAGCUGGUGGAACUUGAUGAUAAGGCUCUUGAGGACAGGGGAGUUAAUGCUCUUGGUGCAAGGAGGAAGAUGCUGAAGGUUUUUGAGCAAGUGAAGGAAGCCAAGGCGGAAGGCAAACUUGCCUGAAGAAGUACAGUUUCUAUGCUAGGAUAUUGCGGAUAGAACAGUACUUUGAACUAUGGUUGGGGUUUCUAAUUUAUUUGAAUUCAGGAUUUGGUGGCAGUGGACUAGGAAAACAAUGUUGGAUUAUCAGGAGAAGGCGAUACAAGCUUUAUAUUUUCCAAACCGGUGUGGUUUGAGAUUGUUAGUGUAUACGGGGCUAUGUACUUUAACAUGGCAAAUUACUUUAGCUAUACCUAAUUUCCUAUGUACUAUCUGAACC